CUGCGCGAGGAGGAAUAUUGGGCGCGGGCGGAACGUCUCUUCAAACGGAAAGUGUGCGGGAAAUCUCUUGAAAUCUGGAGACGAGCUGCAGGGAUUUGGGAAUUGGGUGUUGGGGUUUUGGGUCGCUGAGGGGUGAUCAUUUUUCCUCGUGGGUUUUUCACGGCUCCGAGAAGUGGUGGGAAUUUGGUGAGGCGAUGAGAUUGUUGGAAUCGGUUUGAGUUCGUUGUGACGGCGAUGGAGGAGGCGCAGGAGGAGGUUGUGGUUUAUCGUAUUUUCCCGGAUUUGGUCGAGAGCGUGCUUGAUGUGAAAGGGCAGCUGCAGGAGCUUCAGACCGAAUGUCUCACCGUCGCGUAUCCCGCCGCAGGGGAGUACAUUUGGCAGCAUGAGACGUUCAAUUUGCGCGUCUGUGCCUCUCCGUCGGACUGUCUUGUGCCCUCAAGAAAGGGGAGGAGAGAGUUUUUGGAGAGCGAGAGCGAGGAAUUUUCCUCCGCUGAAUCUUUUGUUCCUCAUUUGUUCGGAAAGGUGAGGUAUGGAGACAAUUUGGAGGACGAAUGGCUGGUGACUUUCUUCCUUUUCGAAAUUUCUCGACGAAUUCCUCACGUGUCGAUCACCGUGAGGGAUUCGGAUGGUGAGUUUCUGCUCAUAGAGGCCGCUUAUUCCAUUCCCAAGGCUAUAAAGCCGGAGAACAGUCACAAUCGGGUGUUCAUUCGUCAGGGUCACGUCCACCUCGUGCCCCCUACGCCUGGUACACUUGGUUUUGCGAAAAUCGGUGAGAAGCUUCCUUUGAAACAGGCUUUGCAGGUUCUUGCAAGUGGCGGAGUAAGUACAAGAGCGUCAGAGAAGGUUAUGGAUACCAUAAUGCACCGCAUGAAGCAGUUUCCGGAGAAAGCAUUGGAAAAUGUUCAUAGAGCGAGGUGUAGAGUUCCACUUCCAGUGGCCCAGAUCCUCAGGCACGAGCCCCAGUUGAUUUCCAUAGCAGUCGAGUCAUUCUACAAUCGCGACAUGGAUGCGAUGAAAGCUGCCAGUAGAAUGGAGAAAUUUCUUCCGAAAGGCCAGGAUGGCACCGUAGAAAUGGUAGAUGUAGUGGUGCGUAUGUCGAGAGCGAUGUACGCGCAACUCGUGCAGCAAGUGUUCCAGGCUCCUCGAUGCUAUCCAAUGCCUCCUUCGAAUUCUACAGGGUCCAUCGUCAAGGAAGCUGAACUCGGUAUGAAAAUUGCAGUCGGUUUUGAAAUCAUGUAUUGGGAGCGCUCUGCUUAUGAAACCGGGGCCAACGUCGGUGAAAUCGACGGGAAGCAAGGAUCUGGAACUUUUGCGUCAAGAGUCUCAACGAACACGAAAGCGGUAGUUCUAACCAAUGACGCUGGUUGGCAAGCGUUUAAGGCAAAUCUCGAGAAGAAUGGUUACUUCAGAGACUUUCUUGAGGGAUCUGCGAGAUAUCGCGAAUUAUUACAAGCUGCUGUGGUGCAGUAUUCCACUUCCAACAUGUUUGCGAGUGUGAGUGAGGCCAUGAGUGCCCCGGUGAAACGGACGGAGAAAUUGCUAUCAUUGCCACAUGGGGCAAGUGAUUUUGCAGCUGCCGCCUGUGAAGCGAGUGAUAGCGACAGCUGGCUGUAUGAUGGAGAGAAAGAUCUCAACGCUGUUAUGAUGGAGCGACAGAAUGAAAUGGAUGAAUACGAGGCCAAACGUGCGAAUAAAAAAACGGAAACUAAUGAAGGUAGAGAUGAUGACACCCAUGGAGAAGAAACGGGUGAUUUCCAGGCUGAAGAAGUUGUCAAAAGUAUGCAGUCAUUUGUAAACAAGAUUUCAAGUUUUGAAGGCGCUGAAUUUCCUGCUCAGAAUGACAUUAGUGGGGCGAACAAUGACAACGAUUCGAUCUCACUUGACAUGAGCAAACUCUUGAAGGAGUUGGGCUCGGUGUUCAGUCCUGAGGAUAUAGCCAGCAUGUUUUCCAUGCAGGGUGUUCCUGAUGAUUCUGACGUAUCAUCAGAGACAGAUUUAGAUGAGAUAGAGGAUGAUAGUGACAAUGAGAACGAGGUAGAGGAUAUGGCUCGUAUGACCACUGAUACAAGCAAAGCUUAUCUCGUGGAAUUAGAGGACGAACAAACUCCCGCGAGUAUUACCGCCAAUCAAGCGGACGCCAUGUUUACCGAGGCGUAUUCAUCAGUCAUGGGCGAAGAGCUACGACAUUCCAGCCUUGUAAAGAGUUUUCUUCAAAAAGGAGAGGUGGAUAAUAUUGCGAAAGGAAACGAAGCAGCUACAUCUGAGGAGAAGUCCAUGGUAUCACAAGUUCCUGGAAUAUCCGAACCUGAACCAGAUGACAAAAGAGCUGAACCAGAACCUGAUGAUGAAAAUGAUCUGGUAGAUGUGGACGCCAAUCUCGUUGAAAGUUUGCUUCGAUCCUUCAUGUUCCAACAAGGGAUGCCUGGGCCAGCUACAAAUCUUCUCGGUGCCAUGGGGGUGGACCUGCCAGACAAUGCAGACACAAGACCCCGAUGGAAAGAAACUUUAUUUUGGGAGGAGUGUAUACCUUCAGGUCAUAUUUAUGACGACGGAAGCUCAAGCGAAGAUGAUGCGUAAGAGCCUGCAUCCUUCACCCUGCCAGGAAGAUGGUUGAUGCUCAUCCGUCUUUCAGGUGUGUGAUCCAAGUGACACUGAAAACACUGAAGCGGCAUUCUAUAUGCAAAAACUGUGGUUGCACAAGAGGUGUAUGACGAAAUACUGAUCGAAACCUGUAGUAUGGGCAAUUUCAGAACAUUGUAUAUUUCAUUCUGCUUUUGAAGAAAGCAGCGAAGGUUAUACAGGGACGAGUGUCACUACCACCACCUAAUUUAGAGUUGAGCACUGUGUGCAUAAACGAUACAGUCUGCAGGAUCUCUGCAAGAUCCACUGUGUGGGCCCCGUUGUAACCAACUUCUCUAGGAUCGCAAGAGGUCCUUCUAUAAACGCUCUUUCGAUCUUAUGGAGUUUCUAGAACUCCAGCUAUGGCAAAGGUUGGUUCCUUGCGCGGGAUCUUUGACAGCUUUGAGAGGCAAACCAACGAUGUAGACAGACUACUGUUAUCCACGUUCAUUUUCUCUGGUUUGGAUACUUCUAUUAAAGCAAGUAGUUGGUGGAUUGGCGCAUAAGUGACCAACUGCCAAGGCUCCAGUUGCUGUCGUGGAGACGUUCCUACUGAUGCCUCUUCCGUAUCUUAUUGCAAAGUCUCUAUUACUUGUUCGAUGGAUGAUUAUUCAAAUAUUUUGACGCUUUCAAGAUAGACUAUUUGUUGAUCGUUUGCAUUCUAUUAUUCCAAAUUGUUCUCUAUAGUCUACUUUGGAGUAAGAUGGGUCAACGGUUACUAAGGAAUAUGCCACAUUCCUAGCACUUUGGGCCAGGGAGGUACUCUUGCAAGGUGGGUAUUCAAUAUGAUCUGACCGGAGGACUUUCAUAUAGAAUUUUUUAUUUUAUGGAAAACAUUGAAGUGGGUUAAAUUUCACGCUUUGAAAGUCUGGUUGG